GCGAACCUCGCACAAACUGGGCAGCUAUCAAUAUUGGCUGAUAAGUGGAGAAUGAAGAUGGGCGGAAAAUAUCUUCUACUGCUGUUUAUGAGUUUUAUCUCGACGUCUUCAUCACAGGAAGGAACAUGUACGCCACAGGAAGUACCGGAAAGUGUUAUAGACUGUACGACCUUUGAUUCCAUCUUCCUGACCUGUGUGUGUAAUGCCUACAAGACGUCAAUACUAGAUAUAAUGAAAUCUCUAUCCUGUCUGCUUCCUGGAGGACAGUUUGGAAUGACCUCAACACCCGAUAAUCCUUUCUCGUCUAAAAUGACUGCUGUCUCAUCUGCCUCUCCUGUAUCGCCUGCGUCGCCUAUCUCACCUUUUUCACCUGGAGCAACUGUCUCGCCGUUGAGCAGUGCGACAACCACGUCGAUGUACAAGGCAUUAUAUACCACAAUCGUAACCAGGACUUCCUAUCAACAAAGUAGGGAAAGAUUACUUUUACAGACUUCGGUCUUCAAUGAGGAAUGGUCUGACCUUGUCAGGAAUAUUACCACUCAGAUCGGAGAAAACGUUUUUGACAAAUUUUGCGAAGGCGUACCAGAGAUACAACAAUGCGUGGGACCUGAUUCCAUGAGGCCUGUGGAUUUGAUGUUGAAGACAUUUGUUAAUUUGGAUAACCUGCAACAAUCCAUGACAUCUAUAUGUGAACUAAAAGCAGAUAUAUUUAACAACGUGGACUGUCUAAUAAACGCGGCUGUGCCGAUGACAGCUUGUGUUUUAAUGUCAUAUACGGGCCCAACAUUCCAGCAAUCGAGGCCAGAAAUGAUGUUCGGGGACCUCGAAACCUACUGCCCGAUAGCGGGUGACGUUUCUCGGUGUAUGGCUAUCCAGAUAAAAUCUUGUAGUCCUCAACUGGGGACAACGAUUCGGAAAGUGGAAUCCGAUCUCCUCUCCUCCGAUUGUGCUAAGCUGGCUGCUGCGGGGACAAAUAAUCCAGUCAUGGCAGUUCCACUGUUGUGUGCUCUACAAACUCUGCCUAGCUCAAUCCGUGUCAUUAGAGAAUUCGCUACCGAUGCUACUGUUCCAUCUUCAGCAGAUAUUCAGACGCUGAUCAGUAAUAUGAUCGAUGUAUAUUGUGGGGAGCUGUCUGAUCUCCUGACGUGUGUCUACCAAGAACUGCCGUCCUCAAUGAACUCUAUAGACAAGUUCAUUCAGGCACUUGUUGACGUUAAUCAGUUCUCCUAUGCUGAUACAAUAUCACAAUACAUUUGUCAACCGUCUAGGAUACAAGAUAUCAAAGAAAUGAUACCGUGUUUAAUUCCUAAAGGGGAAAACAUAACUAGCUGCUUCGCAGCACUGGCGGCUGUGGGUUUCAACUUAUCCUCUAUUGGAGUGGACGCCGCCAAAGACAGGAUGACCUAUUGCGGACCAGUCAAGAACGUCACCUUUUGUACCUCUGGUUCAGUCCUGUCUCCAUGUAAUACCGAUGUGGCCACCUUCUUUGAGGACCUCUUCUUAACCUUAAUGAGAACAGACUGUAAUGGCGUCCGAAAUGGACCCUUGCAGAAUCUGAUAAGCGACAUCAACGCCUCGACGACUCUGACAAAUAAGGGGCUUCCGCCAAUCUUCGGCCUCCUAGUAAUCAUGGCCUUUCUCCUCUUGUAGUUCAUGUAGGUUUUUUCAUAGAUGAGACAGUGUCUUUACGGCCGCGAAAAGUGAUAUACGCAUAGAUACCAACAUAGGUGGAUGAAUUGCUGAAAGAAUGUGAUUACCAUGCAUCAAAGACUGAAGACAACCACCUGUCCUGAGAGAUGAAACAUGAAUGUAAUUGUUGUUUUAUAUACAAAUGUAAGAAGUGCAUAACAAUAUUCGGAUGCAAUGCAAUUAUAUUUCGUCGAUACAUAUUCUCCAAUAUAGAGGAGGUAUUGACACAUCCAGAUAUGAAACUUGACAUUGAUUGAGAUGUACAUCCUUAUGUUUAUAGAAUACUGUACAAAAGACACACAAAAAUAGCAUCUUUCAAAACAAAUUUAGAGUUCGAUACAGUAGCAACAAAUAAUGAAUUAAACUGCAUCACACAGUUAUUUCGUCAUUCAAGGUCUCGUCACUAAAACCUAAAAUUUGAAGCCUGGGAGGCGACAGAGAAACAUUUUAGUGAUCUUAGUGAUCGGAAGAAAGAAAGCCAAUGAUAAAAAAAAAUCUGAAAAGUGAUAUGACAAAAUCUUAUCUGGGAACUUUAGAUAUCGUUAUGUUCUUGAUAUUCUGGAACAUCAGAAACUUCAUGUAUCUUGUUGUGCAAGAUAUUGUGGAGCCCCAGGAACUUCAAACAACUAGGUAUAAUCAGACAGUUACGAACAUUGCCCGCCAUCAUAUUCCAGUUGACAUCGAACUUCAUAUAUCUUUGAGUUAAAACCAUCCUCAUUUUCUGAGUCAAUAGAACAUAUGCUUUACUUCGAUGUUAUUAUUGUCGAAAGAGCUAUUAUUAGAAUGCACAAGUAUUGUACUAUGUGCAUAUAUGUAGAGUCCAUUUUCCACGGACACAUAAAACGGACAAAGGUUUUCAAUAUCAGUUUCAUUUUGGUGAGUAUGUUAAACAGCCUAUAAAAUAUGGUCAGUGUCAUUCUUGUUCCUGUGUGUUCAUUUAUUUUCAUUUCAUCGUGACUUUGUUCGACAAUUCAGCUUGUUCUUUAUUUAUCAUGUUCUUCUCUUUCAUUUAUCCUUUGUUUUAUCCCUAACAUGGAUUUAUUGUCAUUUGAUUUUUCUAAUAAAAGUAAUCGAGUA